AUGGCAUCCAUGCUUAGAAUGUACAAUGUAGCCCUGCAACGUAGGCCGAUGUUCACUCAGUGCUGUACCGCCGCGUUCUUGUUUGGUGCUGGUGAUAUUAUUGCACAGCAAGGCGUUGAAGCAAAGGGAAAGAAUCACGACUUUGCAAGAACGGCGAGAUUGACAUUUUACGGUGGUGCCCUCUUUGGACCGAUUAUGACAAAAUGGUACCAAUGGUUGAACACGAUAAAAUUCUCUAGCCCGACCAAGGCAGUCGUUUACCGGGUGUUCCUCGAUCAGGCCGUGCUUACGCCAGCGGCGGUCGGAUUCUUUUUCGGCUCUAUGAGCAUCUUGGAGGGUAAACCCAAGGAAGCCAUCCCGAGGAUCCAGGCUGCUUAUGUCCCUACCAUUAUCCGCAACUGGGGCGUAUUUGUCCCAACUCAAAUUAUCAACUUCGCGCUUAUACCCCACCACCUCCGAUUCGUCGUUGUCAGUGUUAUCAGUUUGUUCUGGAAUACUUACCUUAGUGUGGCCAACGCUCGUCAGACUAAGACUCAAUCGCUGGAGACUGUCGCUGAAUUCGGAGCAGAAGUUGGGAAAAAGAGCGCGUGA